AUGGCAAUUCAAAAACGUCCUGAUUUUCAUAGAGCUAUAAUGCAGAGUAAACAACUUAGACUUCCCAAGUUUUAUGCAAAAAAUUAUUGGGAUGGAACUCCUAAUCCAAUAUUUCUCAUACUUCCGAAUGGUAUUCAACAAAAAAUAUUUUGGGAAGAACGUGAUGGUGAUAUUUGGUUUCAGAAAAAUUGGGAAGAAAUGAAUUAUUCUAUCAUAAGAUGUGUAAAUGAAGAUAGGGAAAGUAAAGAGAGACCUAAAGAAACUGUUGAAUUGAGUGAUGAGAGUUUAAAUGAGAUUGAAGAACUUGCACAAACAAAAAGGAGCAAAAAUAACAAAAGAAAAAGAAAAGUUGAUUCAGAUUUGAAUACUACUCAACAAAAAAUUUCAAAUGAAGUUGCUGGAAGUGAAGAAGGAGUUAUAGAAACUGAUGAAUUGAGCGAUGAAAGUUUGGAUGAGAGGGAGGAACUUAAACAAACUGGAAGGAGAAAAAAUAACAGAAGAAAAAGAAAAGUCGAUACCCAACCAAAAUUUUCAGGUAGAAUGAGAGAAAACCUGAUUAAGGAAGGUAACAAUAAUAGUCCAUAUUUUGAAGUUACACUAAAACCAUCCUAUGCUAAAGGCUAUAUGUUGAGGAUUCCAAUAGCGUUUUCGAGAAAAUAUUUCAAAAAAAGUGCAAGAAAAGCAAUGGUAAAGUUUGAGAAUGACAUGGCUAUGGAAGUGAUUAUCGAGUAUAAUGAUAACAAUGGAGGAUUUAGUAUGAAACGUGGUUGGAAGAAAUUUACUGAAAAAUAUAAUUUGAAAAUUGGUGAUGUUUGUAAAUUUGUGAUGAUUCAAGAUCAACCACUUUCAUUUUCUAUUAUCAUUACUCGAAUUAGAAAGGACAAGAAACAUAAGAAUUUUUUAGGUGUAUCUUGUAGUGAUAGUACAGUUAUAAAGAAAAGUGUGGGAGAAACUUUUAAAGGAAGACCAAAAGGAUCAACAAGUCGUAAUGUGAUGAACUCGUCAUUUAAGCUUUUUGUGAAUUGUCUAAUUACUGUUCCGAAUGAGCUUAUGAAUGGGGCAAAGAAAAUUGUGAAGCUUAAAAUGAAGGGAAAAUCAUGGUUGGUAAAAGUUAAUUAUUAUCCGAGUAUCAAGCGAUCGAGAUUAAGUGGAGGUUGGUCAAAGUUUAGGAAGGAUUGUAUGGUGGAGAUAGGAGAUACCUGUCUCUUUCAGUUAACUGAUAACAAAAAUAUGGUGUUUGAUGUUUCAUUUGUAGGAAAGAAGACCUGA